AUGGAAAUAGCAAAGAUACAUGAGACAGAACGACCUCCCAGUGUCUUACUUAGAGAUGACCUGUUCCAGGCCUUUCAUGCUGAAAAUCCUGAAAUUUCUCGUGAUACAUUACUUUCUUAUUUUCAGCGAUUAAUGGGAUGUGCGUCGUUUAAAUCUGUUAUCCCACACAAAAAAGGGGAAAGAUACUUGGCUAUUGUCACUUGUCUUUUAAAAUUAAUGAAACCAGUGAGUUGGUGGUUCAGAAAAAAGAGGGGACAUCAAAAUAUAAAUAUGUGCUUGAUGAUGAAGUACCAAUUGAAAGGAAAAAAGAAAUGACAAAAUUCAAAACAGCAAAUGAAAGGAAAUUUUGCCUGGGUGUUGCUGAUGUACUUGAAUAUGAUGAGUCAAGUGAGAAAGGUUUUAUAGAGCUGGAAAACAAAAAUACAAGUGACAGUCAAUACACUUGUUCCCAAACAUGGAGGUAUGGUGUUAAAAAUCCAAACCUUUUAAAGGAAAAUUUUAUUUGUGGAAAACAAUUGUAUAAACGUUUAUAAACGUUUUAAAACCCGAGGUGCCCCUGCUAGAGGAAUCGGGCCACCCCCAGUAUAGCAGGAACAACUGCAAACCAGCAUUGUUUCCAGGUUAACUUUGCCUAAAUUACAUUUAGCCGCAUUAAUAUAAGAGUUGUUAUUGUUAUCAUUACUAUUAUUCCUUUCAUUUAUAUUAAUUAAUUUAACUCCUGGCUGGGAAAUAAAUUUCAUCAGCUGGCUGGGUUCCAACCAAUUUUAUCUAGCUGGCUGGGAAAUUUUUUGUGUGUCUUGCUGGGAAAAAGGAAAAGAUAAUAUUUUCCCAGCAACACUGAAAGACACUUGAAAAUGCCUUAAUAACAUAUAUUUUCAUUAAUGGGGGUUAUUACCCAGAACUGAUUUCAAGAGAAUUUUGAGCUCUCAGUGGUCCAUUCGAUUUAACAAGAUGCUCACAGUUUUCCUGGUCACACUUUAAAAUUCAAUCCCAUUUAAUAUUCUAUUUUGUACGUUUUGUUUGCAGAUUCCCAUCAUUGCUGCCCUUUGACUCAGCAGUGGAGUUAGAAGAGUUUUCACAAGAGUUCAAUGACUAUCUCCUACUAGACGAAUCAGAUUUGAACCCGGGGUCGCAAAGAUGA